CCGCCCCUAAACAAACUGUUUUUACUUCCGUGUUUCAAUUACAACGUGAAAUUACUAAAUGGAAUGACAUAAUUAAGAGAGUUUAACGAGCCGUAUUGAAUGCGUACAGCGAUGCCAGCAAACGGCUAACUGUCUAGCAGUAUUGCACGGCCCACUUUCGGAUCCCCAUAUGAUGUGCAGGCAAGUGCAUACCAAAGUGCUGUUCAAGGUGGGAACCAUUCUGAUGAUGAGAAAGGACGUAUCCUCUUUGUCGGGCGUUUUUGCAAUGAUACCGGUUCAAGAGGGAAGUUGGGACAUGGACAUUUCUGCAACGUUGGUACCUUCAGUGGAAACAAUGGGGACAACUUCCAUUCUAAACCUGUCGCCCUCAGCGUCAGAUGGUAGCAGUACUUAUUCAACCGCAACAUCAACUCAUAUUUUCGAAUCGAGUUUAUACCAACCCAGUGUUUCUUCUACGUUGAUUCUAUCAAGCUCACAAUCCACAGAAACUUCAAAUUUGUUAAGUACAAUCGCAAUGACAUUAUCUCAGAAACCAACUGAAAUCAUAAGUUAUCCAACAACGAAUCAACUUCAAUUUUCUACUACAUCUGCAAUUGAAGCUUCAUCUGAGUUAUUCGAGAGCACUUCCAUGCAUCCCGCACAGCUAACAUCUUUAACAAACUCUUGGAUAACAUCACAAACGACAACAAGUUCAAACACAACUUCAACUUUUUUAACAUCUCAAUUGACCACUUCGACGGGCUCUGCUUUAAUAUCCGCAUCAGAAUCGUCUAUGACAUCUGCAACUUUCUCUUUAAUAACUACAUCGCACUCUACUACUUCAGCACAAGACUAUUUGGCUGUUACAUCAAACACCGAUUCAGCAACACUUUUAUCAUAUGGGACUUCUUUGACAUUUGAUAUUUCAAGUUUAACAGCCAGCACGUUUUCUUAUUACUCAUUGGAUAAUUCAUGGCUGUCUCCAUCCGUCUCUACCUUCUCAAAUACACAACUCACAGUUUUAACCAAUACAACCAGUUUCUCUCUGGCGACUGCAACUAACUAUUCGACAAGCAAUUCUAUGACUUAUUCUACCGCCUUCCCUCUGGAAACUGCAACUGAAUAUUCGUCGAGCAAUUUUUGGACUAGUUCUACCACUUUCUCUUUGGCGACUGCAACUGAAUCUUCGUCGAUCAAUCCUUUGACUGUGUCUGCCACAUUCCCUCUGGCGACUGUUACUGAAUAUUCUUGGGAAUCGACUACCGGCACCUCAACUGGGUCAACCACGGGAUCUGUAAUACCUACAAAACCCCCAAGUACUGUACCCAAUAAACAAGACAUUGUUGCAGCUGGAAUUAUUUAAAAAGUUAAAACAAAAUAUUAAUUUAAUACAUUAUGAAGGUUUUUUUCGCGAAGUCUUUUUUUCGCUUAUUUAAGAUUUUGUCCAAUUUGGCGAGGUUAAAUAUUCGCCAUGCUUUUAAAUAAUCAUCAGAAUGAUGGCUAUGAGGUUUAAAAAUCGCGACCUUAACAUCGCGCAUGUUAAAUACAUAAAAUUUAACGAUAAUCUACAGUAUUUGAGGAAUGUUUAUCUCUUGAUCGAGUACGGAUGGGUAUUUAACUUGUUUAUAUUCAUGCAUGCAAUAGAACGUUGAAAUUUUAGAUGUUAGCAUUUUGUUGUGAAAUCUCACUUCUCAUUGUAGCAUGGUUUGAUAUAAACCAACACAGAUUAUCUGCUCUCUCUAUGGUGUUAUCUUUUGCUCUCUCUUUGGUGAUAUCUUUAACUUAUACAGCUGCUACAACGCUUUAAGCCCUCAACCAAAAGAUAACCUGCCACUCAUUCAGAGACAUUUUCUGAUUUUGUUGCAGAUGGCAAAAACUAUUUUUCUAACAAGCACACUUUUGGACUUGAUAUUUUCAGAAAUUAAGAUUUAUAUGCUUUAACAUUAAUGAUAAAAUUAAUUGAUACCUUUGUUCAGUAUUGAUUUUGUUAAAUGUGUAACACCCCUGGUCAUGAAAGUUUAAAGUAAACAGAAAGAGUUGCCUUUUCUCUUCUUCUUUUUCCUGUUAUACUUCUUCUUGCGGCCUUUAAUUCAAUGGGGAUUUUUAAAGAAUAA